AUGAAAAUUGCAUUCAUUUAUCUAUUGCUUGUUGGCUGGAUUGGCAUUGCGUUGACUCAAGAGACCAGUCAAGUUGCCACUACAGAAGGCACUCAAACCGCUGCUGCCACUACAGAUGCUACCACCGUUGUUGCAACCACUGAUACUGCUGAGACAACUGCUACUCCUGUCGCCACAACAACCACUGUCGCUGCCACCACAACAUCUUCAUCUGCUACUUCCGCUACAGCUUCCACUACGGAUACAGGCGAUUGUUUGGAGGCUGAUUCGUUUUCGACACACGAUUACUUUCCAAACAAGCUGGAUUUUAGCAAAUUGGAUGCAAGCGCUCAAUUCAAUGUGACAUAUGCCAACACCUAUAAAUUGGUUCAUAAUUUGGCUCUGGAUGAAUACUAUGUGCUCUACUGUACCAAAUCCGCUCCUUCAUUGGGAGCUACCUUCCAAUCAAAGACGUAUAUUCAAGUGCCUGUCAAGUCUUUUGCAGCUGUGGACACUCGUGCACUCGGUUUUCUCGAUUUGCUCGGACAAAGUAACAAUGUCGCUUUUGUUGGAAAUACAAGCAACGUAACAACGCCCUGCAGUACGAACACACCAGCCUACUUCAAUUUGAGUGAUCCCAACUUGGAUCGCACGAAAUACGGUCUUGCCAUUUACCCCACUUCACCCAACAAUGAUCCUAAAGGCGUUGGCCUUGGUAUGGGAUAUGCCAACACGCCACUUGGUAAUGCUCAAUGGGUGAAAUACAUUGCUCUGUUCACAAACCAAGAAGCAUUGGCUGAUACCAUCUACCAAGACAUCGCCACAGACUACAACACUUUCCGCGACAGCCUUGUCAACCACAUCAGUUACAAGCGCAACAUUACGUUCAUGGACUACGACACAUCUUCCACCAAAUUCAAUAUCAUGCAAGAUCAAUACUUUCAGAAUCUCACCAGUGACGCCGGAGCCAAAUUGAUUGUACCAACUGUGUUUCAACCUGCUGAUCCCUCGGUCAUGAAAGGGCAGUUACAAAACUCCUCACUCGUGAUUGAUUUGACUGUUUCAUCAGCAUUUGGAUCAUCCUAUGGAAACUGGCAAAGUUGGUUGGGCUUCUCUGAUGAUAAGAUCAGUUCAGCCGCAAGCACUCAGGCUGAUACGUAUAAGCAAACCAGAAAAUACGUCAAUUCUGUUGAUGCCCCACCAUUCGCCAGAAACAAGCAAGCAUGGAGACUUGAUUUGGUAUCCAAAGAUGGUGCUUUAGAUUGGUGGACUCGAGGUAUGGCAAGACCCGAUCUUGUUCUUCAAGAUUUGAUUCAAGCACAGUUCCCAGAUUAUUUCAAAACACGUAACCGAGUAUUUCUCAGAGACUUUGCCAACAACGAGUCGAGUCGUACAGCAUCUCAAGAUAGCUAUCAAUGUAACUUGAACAGCUGGGAAAAGGCAGCUAGUGUCUCCUAUUCCAAUACUGCUUCAGAUACCCCCACAUUGGAAGCCCUGAGCAAUAAACUCUCUUUGGGUGCUAUUAUUGGUAUCAGCAUUGCAGGUGGUCUUGUCGCACUCUCCUGCUUAGCAACAGUUAUUGUGUUGAUCAUUCGCAAAUUCAAGAAUGGGGGCAAAAGAUUCACUCGUCUUCAUGAUGAGACCAUGAACGAAUUUGGAGCUUUGGAUAGAGACCCAAUGAUGAUGGAGGAAUCAUCGUCGCCACCAGCAGCGGCAUCAGGAGGCCGUCUUGGAGGCUCUGGCAGAGGCCUUUAA